AUGUCCAAUAGAGAGCCACAAGUUCCAGACGGAUGGAAAGCCCAAUAUGAUGAAAAAUACCAAACAUGGUUCUAUGUUAAUUUGAAAACUGGUAAAUCGCAAUGGGAAGCCCCAGAAGGGACAACGUUCAAAGACAAAGAAGAAGCUAAAGCUCAACCACCACCAUAUGCCCCAGAUGGCCAUCAAGAUAGACCAAAUUCUAGUCAAUCUGGAUCAAUACCCCCUCAAAAUUCUAAUCAACGCUUUGCAGGAAGAGGUCAAGGCUUCCCACAACAACAAUAUUACCCACAACAACCUCAAGGAUUUGGAGGUCCACAACCAGGAUUUGGAGGUGGUUAUCCCCCACAAGGUAUGUCAUAA